AUGUCUAUAAUCAAAGUCGACUCCGCCGGAAGGGACGACUCGCCCUCUCUGCUCAUUGAACUCCAGCCUGCUCCGACGCAGACCGUUAACAUCCCUGAUGGCGGCCUGCAAGCCUGGCUUUCCGUCCUCGGGGGAGUACUCGUCGUAGCGUCGACCUUUGGAUACUCAAACUCUUUCGGAGUGUUCCAAGACUACUAUGUCCUCUCAGGCUCCUCGAGCGCGUCAAACAUUAGUUGGAUAGGUUCCGUCCAGCUAUUCUUUACAUUCGCUAUGGGUCUUCCGGCAGGCAAGCUCUUCGAUCUCGGCUCCUUCCACUACACAUCCAUCGGCGGGAGCCUGCUCUACGUCUUCUCGCUCUUUAUGCUAUCACUCGCGGACCCUAGCAAAUAUUAUCAGCUCAUCCUCUCGCAGGGGAUCGGUAUGGGCAUCGGGGCGGGGCUGCUUUUGGUGCCAGCCGUUUCCGUUCAAGCCCAUCACUGGAAAAAGUGGCGUUCCCUCGCGAUGGGCACCGUGGUGACUGGGUCGGGCUUUGGUGGGGUGUUCUACCCGAUCAUGUUAAAUCGCCUCAUCCACGGGCACGUCGGGUUUGCGUGGGGCGUGCGCAUCACUGGAUUCCUCACACUUGGGCUACUCGUCGCGGCGAACUGCAUUAUGCGCACGCGUCUCCCCAACGCGCGGCAACGCGCGCCAGGUCUGAAGCCGGACGUGAAGGCGAUCAUGAGCGACUGGCCAUACAUAUUGCUUCUGAUUGCGGGGUUCCUUGGGCUGUGGGGACUGUUCUAUCCGUAUUUCUACCUGCAGCUGUGGGUAAACCUACACGGACUCUCUCCAAAUCUGGCGUUCUAUACGAUCGCCAUCUUGAAUGCGUCUUCGAUCCCGGGGCGCAUCAUCCUGAACUUACUGGCCGACCGCUUUGGGCCGCUGAACGUGCUCCCACUGGUGCUACUCACAACAGGCUCGUUGAUCUUCGUCAUGUUCGGCGCCACGAACGUCGCCGGCGUGAUCAUCUUUUCCAUCCUAUAUGGCUUCUUCUCCGGCGCAUCGACCGCGCUCUACCCGCCCACCGCGGGCAGGUUCGCGAAGGGCGAACAUGAAAUUGGCCUCCGGCUAGGCGUGAUGUACUUUGCAUGCUCGUUCGGGAUUCUGACCGGAACGCCGAUCGUCGGCGCGCUGUACGACUCGGACCACGAGUGGUAUAAACCCACCGUCUUUAGCGCGGUUGUGCUCAUAGCAGGAGGAGUGCUGGUGCUGAGGACACGGCAUCUAGUAUUGAACGUGCGCCGCUGA